AAAUUAUUACCGGAACGUCUCCGGCUACCUUUGACAAGACUCGAUUUACGUGAAAGUGAAACUAAAGUGGACCCGAAUUUGCACGGGGGAAAAACCACCGAUCUGAAUCCACUUUAGUCCGUCUGAUAACAGUGGAGAAGAGUGUCCGACAAGAGAGGGGAGACGUACAACCAUGACGGAACUGUCUACAAUUUAUCAGCUAACCCUGGUUGCCGUUACCUGCUUCAUCCAAGCCCACAGCAGCAGCUGUCCGGUGUUGGAGUGCUGGUUUGUGCAGGAGAAAGCGGGUCGAGGAGGAGGUUUUGCUGCAGCUACCACCCAGGAAAAAUCUCUGCUCUACAUCAGAACAGACGCAAACAGACACAGUGCAGAGACCCAACAGACUCCGUCCCACAUCAGCCCUGACAAAGUCUACUUUGUCACAGACCCAGCUGCCACUCUCUGCCACCACUCUCUCAGCCCUCCCAGAGGCUCCGUCCAGGAGCCCCAGUGUGAGAUCAGCCCCUUCCUGCAGCGGCCCUCCACCCUCAAAUGGGUGGCUGCACUCACAGACUCUGCCUUCAGCCCCAUAUACCUGCAGGCCGACUGGUUUUCAGUUGCGCUACAGGGGACCAACAAGCAGCUGGGCAUUUCCAGUAUCAUGCGUGCUCCCACAGGAACCAAAGAGCCAAAUGUGAUCCUGAGCGUGACCAGUAAAACCGUCUCGGUGCAGGCCAGACUCGGGAAGCCACUGCUGCUGGACUGUGGCUUCUGGGUCAACCCUUCUUCGCCUCUGUCUGGGUCGGGCUUUGCCGUCGAGUGGCGCUACCAGUUCAGAGGCAAAGGGCGACUUGUUCUGGCUUACGAUGGCAAGACAGACCGCGUGGCUGAUACACAAGAGGAAGGGGCCACACUGGACUUUGAGGGUCUGCACGAAAAAGGAAAUGCAUCCCUGAUCCUGCAGGAGGCUAAAGUGCAUCACUCCGGGAUGUAUAUUUGCACAGUGCAUCUGCCGUACCUUCUGGCUCAGGUGGUGCUGGAGCUUGAGAUCGUCGAACCUCCAUCCCUCUCCAUCCACCCUUCCCCUCUGCCCCUCGCCGUUCCCGGCCAGACCUUGACCGUCCAGUGUGACGCGUCCGGUUUCGCCCCCCUCUCCCUGGAGCUGAGCUGGGAGUUUAAAGGCGCCGAUGGGAAGACCAGGACCCUGGGAACAGGCAGGAUAACGGGCCACAGGCAGGCCUGGGAUGGCACCUACACCCAGAGCACCCGCCUGGAGCUCGACACCUCUAAACUGGACCUGGGCAGAGGAGGCGAGCUCACCUGCGUUGCUGUCCACCCUGGAGGCACGCGACGGGCCAGCAUGACCGCCAGUGUCAUCGGGUUCAGUACUCCCUCCAUUGAGGACUCAAUGGCAAUGGUUGGUGUGGCGCUAGUGCUCUACGGUCUCAUCAAGUUUGUCUCCUGGACCUUGACCAGCUCAGGCUCAGACGAGGCUGAUAAACAAGAUAAGAAAGAGAAGUAAAGAGGAGCUGAUGUGGAAGUGUGAUACUGAACCACCGACCUGGUCUGUUGUGGUCUCUUGGAUGGGGGGUUCAGGAGUGUCUGUUCACCUCUUCAUGCCGGCGAUUAUGAUAAAUUGAUGAUUAGUGAUAAAACUGUGUAAACAUGUAUUUUUUUUAGAGUUUGUUUGUUUUUUUUUUUCUUUACAGAUCCAAUGAGAUGCUUGCUUGAGCUCAUCCUCAAAAAGUAAUAAUAGGCAGCAAUCUGGUACCCGGGAGAAUUUUUAUUCUGGCUGAAAAGGGGUUCCGCUCUGUCCAAAAAUGUCUGUUGUAACAUUUCUUCUUCUAAUCCUCUCUUUUAAAGUGAUGCGUUGGCAUUUCGUAUUGGCCUCCCACAGCUUGUUUACUGUAUUGUUUCACAAACACUGGAAAAGACCCAACAAGUAGGUGUGUGUAUGUGUGUGUGUGUCCCAUAUCUCAGCCUGCAAUUUAAACAAUCCUGGACAGUAAAAUCAGUGUCAGACUAAACUGUCCAAACUUGCAAACUGAAUUCUAUUUUUGUCACAUAGGAUUAUGACAAAAUAACGCAUGCAUAUUCUGAAAUUUUUCAUUUGGGCGUUAGAGUGGUAUUGUCAUCACAUGUUGCUUAUUUUUAUUUCAUUUUGUGUGUCUUUGUGUCUUUGUGUGUGCGUGUGUGUGUGUGUGUGUGUGUGUGUGUGUGUGUGUGUGCGCGCGUGCGCGUGUCCAAGAUAGUAGGAAUGAUGCUCUGUCCACUAAAACUGAAGUAAAAGCCUGGGCUAAUUCAAAAAUAAAACUUAUAUAGAAAUGGGAGGAUAAUGGCUAGAAACAGAGCACAUAAUUCUACUGGAGGGAAAGUUCAAAAUUUGUAUCAGAAUUUUAAAAUCAUAUUUAAAAUUGAUCAUUGAAGUCUGUUUUGU